AUUAUUAAUCCAUAUCUUCCAAUCCAAGUGCCCCGCAAAAGCAGUGUGGAGAUGAGUGAGACACCAUGAAUGAAUAAAUACCAUAUGAAUCUGGCGAUGAAUCAAUCGAUAUAAAAAUUUCUCUAUUUUCCUUCACAAUACAUAACAAACAUAAAGCUUGAUUGCUUGGUAAUUCUUCAUCACCAAUCGUCAACCCCUCUCUCUCUCUCUCGUUAACUACCAAAUCAAAUUUAUCGCCACACAGAGAUCAUGGAAUCACCUUCCAGUCAUUUUCGGGACACAUCUGUUGUUGUGGUUACACUGGAUUCUAGUGAAGUAUAUAUUGUUGUCAGCUUGUCUUCUAGGAGUGACACUCAGGUGAUUUAUGUUGACCCAACAACUGGAGCACUUCGCUAUACUGGGAAACUGGGUUAUGAUGUCUUUAGCUCGCAAAAUGAAGCUUUAGAUUAUAUUACUAAUGGAUCAAAGUUGCUUUGCAAGAGUAUAGCUUAUGCCAGGGCAAUAUUGGGUUAUGCAGCCCUAGGGAGUUUUGGAUUGCUUCUUAUUGCAACAAGGUUGACUCCCAGCAUUCCAAAUUUGCCUGGUGGGGGGUGUAUAUGUACAGUGACCGAGAGCCAAUGGAUCAAAAUUUCACUUCAAAAUCCUCAACCCCAGGGCAAAGGAGAAACAAAGAAUGCUCAAGAAUUGACAGAACUUGAUAUUGAUGGAAAGCACUACUUUUGCGAAACAAGAGAUAUUACUCGGCCUUUUCCAAGCCGUAUGCCUUUGCAACAUCCUGAUGAUGAAUUUGUUUGGAAUGGAUGGUUUUCAACGCCUUUCAAAAACAUUGGUUUGCCGCAGCAUUGUGUCAUUCUUCUGCAGGGUUUUGCAGAAUGUCGAACUUUUGGAAGUUUAGGUCAGCAAGAAGGAAUAGUUGCUCUCACUGCUCGAAGAAGCAGGCUGCAUCCUGGUACUCGAUACUUGGCAAGGGGCUUAAAUUCAUGCUUCAGUACAGGCAAUGAAGUUGAGUGUGAGCAACUCGUAUGGGUCCCAAAAAAGGCUGGUCAAAGUGUUCCAUUCAACACGUAUGUUUGGAGACGAGGAACGAUUCCGAUCUGGUGGGGGGCAGAAUUAAAGAUCACUGCAGCAGAAGCAGAAAUAUAUGUUUCAGAUAAAGAUCCUUAUAAAGGAAGUGCACAGUAUUAUCAGAGGUUAAGUAAGAGGUAUGGUGCACUGAACCUAGAUGCAGCUGUUGGUGGGAAUCAGAAGAAAAAUGCUUUGCUUCCAAUUGUGUGUAUCAACUUGCUUAGAAAUGCAGAGGGAAAAUCAGAGUUCAUUCUAGUGCAGCAUUUUGAGGAAUCCAUGAACUAUAUCAAAUCAACUGGGAAACUUCCUAGCACUCGAGUUCAAUUGGUAAACUAUGAUUGGCAUGCCAGUAUAAAAUUGAAAGGUGAGCAGCAAACAAUUGAAGGACUGUGGAAACUUCUAAAGGCACACACAGUGUCUGCAGGCAUUUGUGAGGGGGAUUAUUUGCCCUCUCGUGGGCGAAUUAACGAAUGCAGUGGUGAAAUCAUCUUUUAUGAUGAUUUUGAAGGUGCAUUCUGCCUGAGAUCACAUCAAAGCGGAGUUAUACGUUUUAACUGUGCAGAUUCUUUGGAUAGAACCAAUGCUGCUAGUUAUUUUGGUUCUCUCCAAGUUUUUGUAGAGCAAUGUAGACGGCUAGGGAUAUCUCUUGACAGUGAUCUCGCAUUUGGUUCUCAGUCUACUAAUAAUUAUGAUGGAUAUACUGCCCCACUGCCACCAGGCUGGGAGAAACGAUCUGAUGCAGUAACAGGGAAAACAUAUUAUAUUGAUCACAAUACUAGGACCACCACCUGGAAUCAUCCAUGUCCAGACAAACCUUGGAAGAGGUUUGAUAUGACAUUUGAGGAGUUUAAGAGAUCAACAAUUUUGUCACCAAUAGCUCAACUGGCUGAUCUUUUCCUGCUUGCCGGUGAUGUUCAUGCAACAUUGUAUACUGGUUCUGAAGCUAUGCACAGCCAAAUUCUAAGCAUCUUUAAUGAGGAAGCUGGCAAAUUUAAACAGUUUUCUGCAGUGCAGAAUAUGAAAAUCACUUUGCAGAGGAGAUAUAAAAAUGCAGUUGUAGAUAGCUCUCGUCAGAAGCAGUUAGAGAUGUUUCUUGGAUUGAGGCUUUUCAAGCAUCUUCCAUCAGUUCCUGUUCAGCCUUUAAUGGAGAAGAAUCACUUGCCGAAUUUCCAUUUGCCAGCUUUUUACACUCAGUUGAAACAGCAGCAGGUUCAGAACCACUCUUGUCAUUGCUUGCACCACUUGAUUCUGGAUUACAACAUUCAUAUUCAUAUUGGAAAGCUCCUCCUAAUACCUCCUGUGUUGAAUUUGUUAUUGUUCUUGGUGAUCUUUCUGAUGUUUCGGGGGUGGUCCUACUCAUUAGUCCCUGUGGCUAUUCGAUGUCUGAUGCUCCAACUGUGCAAAUUUGGGCCAGCAAUAAAAUACACAAGGAAGAAAGAUCAUGUAUGGGGAAAUGGGAUGUUCACUCCCUGAUCGCAUCUUCCUCGGAGCUUUGCAGAACUGAAAAUUUGGCUAAAUUGGAUACAGUUCCUAGGCAUGUAAAGUUAGCCUUUAGAAAUCCUGUUCGAUGCCGUAUCAUUUGGAUAACACUACGCCUUCAGAGAACUGUUUCAAGUUCUGUUAAUUUUGAGAAAGACUUUAAUCUUUUGUCACUAGAUGAAAACCCUUUUUCACAACUUGAUCGACGUGCCUCUUUCGGAGGGCCAGUUGAAAGUGACCCAUGUCUUCAUGCCAAAAGAAUUCUAGUGGUUGGAAGCCCUGUGAGAAAGGAUAUGGGGCUUACAUCACCACAGGGCUCUGACCAGAUAAAUUUUAGAAGCUGGUUGGACAAAGCUCCACAGCUAAAUAGAUUCAAGGUCCCAAUAGAGGCUGAGAGGUUAAUGGACAAUGAUCUUGUCUUGGAACAGUAUCUAUCACCAGCUUCACCUUUGCUGGCAGGAUUUCGUCUCGAUGGUUUCAGUGCAAUAAGGCCUCGAGUCACCCAUUCACCUUCUUCUGAUGUAAAUAUGUGGAAUAUGCCAUCAUCAUAUUUAGAAGAUAGACAUAUAUCCCCAGUUGUAUUGUAUAUCCAAGUAUCUGCUCUCCAGGAACCUCAUAACAUGGUUACCAUUGCGGAGUAUCGUUUGCCAGAGGUUAAGACUGGGACGGCAAUGUAUUUUGAUUUUCCUAGACUAAUUCAAAGCCACCGAAUUUCAUUCAGACUUAUUGGAGAUGUUGGCGCAUUCACAGAUGACCUGGCAGAACAGGAUGAUUCUGAGUUUAGACCCCUGCCAUUGGCUGCCGGGUUGUCUUUGUCAAAUAGAGUCAAGUUGUAUUAUUAUGGUGAUCCUUACGAACUCGGAAAAUGGGCCAGCCUCUCAGCUAUUUGAUUUGUUUUUGCUCGAAGAAUAGGGCUCGUGAACUUGGAUGCAAUUGGUUUUGUAGUUUUUGUCAAAUUUCAUAUUCUUUGUUGUAAUUUAGAAGUUCGUUUGAUAAUGAAUUUCAUUAAAAUGUUGAAAUUUCAAUAUAGACUUUCUUCUACAUAGUAGGAACCAGUUUCCUCGAUGGCCUUUGUUUUUAGUUUUUGAAACAUUGUUCUGCUACUUUUGUUUUCGGUUUAAACCUCUUCACCUCAUUAAAAGGUCAAAUGCUCCAGUUUUGUCACUAA